AUGGUCGAAUGAAUUCAUGCCAAAGGGGCUCAACAGAGAUUCGCCAUUCCUCCCAAAGAUGUUGGGCUUAGACCCAAAAUACGUCAUUGUCGGAGCCAACGCAAGGGUGUUCCUGUGCAAGAAAGUGAUUCAUCAGGCAGAGCUGAAUCUGCUAACUCAGGACAACAUUUACCAACGUGCAGAUCAAUAGCUCGCAGAUGGAGUCUCUCCUUCGAUGAGGCUUUUCCGUUAUCAAUGUCUGGUCCUGUCUGUCUCAAUUCUCCGGGCUCCUUAGGCAAACAGACAGAUCAGUCUACUGAAGAAAAAGAAAGGUUCGUCUACUAUUUGUAA